CGUACGACCGAGAAAAAAUUUUCACUUCGAUUUUCACCAACCUAGAAGUAGGACGCGUUUGAGUUGGUUCCGGAUUUUUCUUGGAUGCCUCUAGAUUCCGUUUCAUUCCUGGAGUAAAUUACGGGAUUUCAAAAAUUGAAUCUAUCUUGUUCGGAAGAAGGUCAAAAUGCGUGAAAUAGUGCACAUUCAGGCUGGCCAAUGUGGCAACCAGAUAGGAGCCAAGUUUUGGGAGGUUAUCUCCGAUGAGCACGGAAUCGAUGCUACCGGAGCGUACUGCGGCGACAGUGACCUGCAGCUAGAACGGAUCAACGUAUACUACAACGAAGCGACCGGUGGUAAAUAUGUACCGCGGGCGGUUCUUGUGGAUCUUGAACCGGGUACGAUGGAUUCGGUGCGCGCUGGCCCUUUCGGACAAUUAUUCCGGCCGGACAAUUUUGUCUUCGGACAGUCUGGCGCCGGUAAUAAUUGGGCUAAGGGACACUACACCGAGGGAGCUGAGCUAGUUGACUCCGUUCUAGACGUGGUUCGCAAAGAAUCGGAAGGCUGCGAUUGCCUGCAGGGAUUCCAACUCACGCAUUCUUUGGGAGGUGGUACGGGAUCAGGUAUGGGAACUCUGCUGAUCUCCAAAAUUCGUGAAGAGUAUCCAGACAGAAUAAUGAACACCUUUUCUGUGGUCCCUUCGCCUAAGGUUUCUGAUACUGUGGUGGAACCAUACAACGCAACGCUAAGCGUGCACCAGCUGGUGGAAAACACAGACGAAUCGUAUUGUAUCGACAACGAGGCGCUCUAUGAUAUCUGCUUCCGGACGUUGAAACUUACUACACCCACAUACGGCGAUCUGAACCAUCUUGUUUCGGCAACGAUGUCCGGUGUAACGACCUGUCUACGUUUUCCCGGUCAACUGAAUGCUGAUUUACGUAAGCUGGCCGUCAACAUGGUUCCAUUUCCACGUUUGCACUUUUUCAUGACUGGUUUCGCUCCUCUGACUUCGCGAGGAUCUCAGCAGUAUCGCGCGCUAACUGUCCCCGAGCUCACCCAGCAAAUGUUUGACUCUAAGAACAUGAUGGCUGCAUGUGAUCCACGGCACGGCCGGUACCUAACAGUUGCAGCAAUAUUCCGAGGGAGGAUGUCAAUGAAAGAGGUGGACGAACAAAUGUUGAACGUACAGAGCAAAAACAGCAGUUACUUCGUGGAAUGGAUUCCCAACAACGUGAAGACAGCUGUGUGCGACAUUCCUCCGCGUGGUUUGAAAAUGUCGUCCACCUUUAUCGGAAAUUCGACGGCGAUACAGGAAAUAUUCAAAAGAAUAGCCGAACAGUUUACGGCCAUGUUCCGGCGCAAAGCUUUCCUACAUUGGUACACGGGAGAGGGAAUGGACGAAAUGGAGUUCACGGAAGCCGAGAGCAACAUGAACGAUCUGGUGUCCGAAUACCAACAGUACCAGGAAGCCACGGCAGACGAGGAGGGCGAAUACGACGAGGAGGAAGAGGGCGCGGAUGAAUGAAGUUUUAAAUUGUUUCAGUUUUAAUUGUGAGAUUGAAAAUGAUACUAACUUGUUGAAUAUUGGAAUAAAAUUUGGUUGCCUAUCAUCAUGCCUUUGAAAUGUAGCUGGAGCUGCUUUUUGUUCUAAUAAAGUUUUAUACCAACUGAAA